CUCAUUUAUAAAGCAGCAAACAGUCCCAGUAUUUCACCUACCCAUUGCAGCCAUUUUAUGUUACAAGUGAAGUGAUCAAGACAAGUUGAUAAUAGAGCUUUAAAGACUAAUGGAUUAGGCGUCAACUAUUGGGCUAACUUAUUCACCAACUGAUUUUAUUCUUGAAUAAUUGUUGUGAGUAUUUUUUUUUUUUUUUAAGAAAAUGAAAGCCAAAAUUAUUUGAUACCAGCUUCCUAAAAUUGAAUGUGUUCUGUUUUUCCACUCCUCUUUGACAGUUAACUUGAAUAUUUUUUGGUUGUGGACAUAGCAAGACAAUUGAGGACAACAUUUAAGCCUUUGUGACACACUGGUCAAUUAAUGGGUUAAUUGAAAAUUGACAGAUCAUUUAACAAUGAAAAUAAUUGUUAAUUGCAGCCCUAUUUGGUAAUUAAAUAACAAUUUGAGUUACUUUUAGACAAUACAUUCUAAACAUUUCCGGAUUAUCUCACACAGGGAUUUCAUGCUUUUCUAGCUUUUCAUAGCAUAUAUGAUAGUAAAUUAACUACUUUUGGGUUUCGGACUGCAAUUUGAAUGAAUCACGUAAGGGCAGUUUUUCAGUAUUAUCUGACAUUUUAAAAUGCUUAAUUGCGGAAAAAAACAGUUUGUAAAUGCCACUCUGUUUUGCAUACAGUUUAAGUUAACAGUUGAGUUGUCAACAAACUGAGUUGUCCUGCUACAUAUACUGUAAUAUUACAGCUCCCCCUCUCCAAGCCCCCUGACAUCCUUGUAUCUACACAAGCAAAACAACAAUAAUAUUUUUAUGACACAUGUCAUUUAAAAACAACUGAAAUAACCUUUCUCUCUGAUGAGAACUGUCUGAGACCCUGCACCCAGUAACCUCUCAUCUAGUUUUGAAACUUGCUUGAAGUCUUUGAGACUUCUUGUUCCAGUCUAGUGAGGGUGGGCCCAACCAUCUGCAUGGUCUCACCUCCUAGUACAAACGUCACAGCAGAAGAAGAGACGUCCCCCUCACCCCACCAGACCCUCAACCGGCCAACUAUAGUUCUAUUAUAGUUCAAGCAAAGGCUAAUUGUUGGUCACUUACAAAGGAUUGCACAGUCCAAGUCUCUGGACGGUAAUGCUGUCUCUUUCUACUAAGAGAAGAUGGCACUGGUUGUGGUUUGUGCGUUCCUGAGCCUGUCUUGUUGGGUCUCUCUCUACUUUAUCUUGUGUAACCUUAACGGGUCCAGGAGCUCCGAGUGGAACUGUCGACUUGUCACCCUGGCACACGGCAUCUUGGCAGUCUGCAUCACAGGAUACAUAGGCUAUGUGGAUGGACCCUGGCCUUUCACUUAUCCAGGCACUAAGAACACUCCUCUGCAGAUAGGUGCCAUGGUGGUGAGCCUGGGCUACUUUAUCUUUGAUAUGGCCUGGUGUGUGUACUUCCGCACAGAGGGACCCGUUAUGCUGGCCCACCACACCAUGAGCAUCUUGGGAAUCCUGUUGACCCUGUGGUUGGGGGAGUCUGGCAUCGAGUCCUGCGCGGUACUCUUUGGCAGCGAAAUCACCAACCCCCUCCUGCAGGCACGCUGGUUCCUCAAACAGACAGGACAUUACGGGACGCUGCUGGGGGACGUUGUGGACGUCCUGUUUGUGCUGCUAUUUGUGUUGAUGCGAGUCUUUGUGGGAGGCACAAUGCUGUACUGUGAGCUGAUCUCCCCAAGACCCAGAUUCUUUAUCAAGUGUGGGGGAGUGGCUAUGUACGCUCUAUCCUGGGUGUUUAUGGUGGACAUUGUUCGAUUUGCCAUUCGGAAGAGCAAGAGCUGGCAGAAACAGAAGAGGGACCAGCAAGAGAUAGUGGCAGCUAAUGGUCAUGACGGAAAGAAGGACUGAUCGGCUUGUGCCUCUCUAAAGGAAAUCUGUGUCUGUGUUUUUCACUUUGGACGCACAAGGGAAAGUGCAAAGAAAAUCAACUUUUUGUAUGUUAAACAGAUAUAAAAUGGGAUAUUUCAGAGUGAUGUCUCGUGACAUCUGUAAGGUCUAACACCUGUGCAUUUUUGGAAGAAAGAAAAAACAUUUUUUAUGCAGCUAUUGCAGCUGAACAUGUGUUUGAUUACUGAGUAAAAUGUGCAGUUAACAACACAGACGUAGUUUAUGUCACUGAAAACCAAAGCACUUUCUAUAAACACAUGAGCAGAUGUUGCUUUCAGUUGCAGUGAACUGUGGCCUAGUCAUAUGUGGUGGUGUUGCUUCAAAGGAGAGCUCGAUGUUAGGAAAGAGACAGUUUACAUGUAAUGCCUGUCCUGCUUGAGAAAAUUUUGUAGUCAUUUCAAAAAAAGUUAGGAGUGGUUUCCUUGGAACCCUGUUUUUUUUUUUUUUCUUUUUUUCGGUGCAUUGGAAACUGAGCAGAUGUGAAAGGUGUACUCAGGGAGAUGAAGUCAUACCAGAAAGUUCCAGAGAAAUGUGUGUGAUGUGUUUGAUUACUUUGUUAGAUUUAGUUUAUAGUUCCUAUAAACUUUUGCCUGCUGUGUGAAAUCCUAUCGCAGGGCCUGCCCAAAAAACAUUUCAGUUAUUUUACUCGCCUCAUGUAAAGGGAUACGCAGAAAGGAACCACUCAAUUACAUAGUUCUACACUGGUAAUGCUAUUUUGCAGUCCAUCUGGAUAUUUAUAUUAACGAUGAAUAUCUUGAAAUGUUUAAUGAAAUGGUGUCAGAGUUUGUACUUAUUAUAUUAAUUUAUCUGAAGUGUUUCCUCUCAAACGAUUUGCACUCUGUGCUGAUAGCUCCCAGUUAAUUUAAUUUAACAGAGUCAUGUUUCAGUCUCACUGAGAUCUUGUUAGACAUGACAAUCAAAUGCAAUUUAUUGUGAGCUAUCUGACUUCCUCUUCAGUUCUUUUUUUUUUGUAUCCACCUUUAAAUCCUAGGGCAAAAUGAAAACCUAUGCAAUCAUGCAUUCAUUUUUUGUUUCUAGCCCCUAGAGUUUUAUGCCGGGUUUCAGAGGUCACGUGUGUAGGAUUUAGGGGGAUAUAUUGGCAGAAGUGGAAUAUAAUAUAAUAAGUAUGUUUUCUUUAGCGUCUUAUCACCUGAAAAUAAGAAUUGUUUUUUCGUUUCGUUCAUUUACCUUAGAAAGAGCUGCUCUUAUCUACAUAGGGAGCGGGUGCUUGUUGACGGAGAUCUCCAUGUUGCACCGCCAUGUUUUUACAGGAGCCCAAAAUGGACAAACCAAACACUGGCUCCAGACAGGGCCAUUCGCUUUUUCGCAUCUGCCUUUGUAGUUAGCGCCCCCUCUGUGAUGAAUUGAAUGGAUUUGGAAGCGAUGUGACCUAAGUUGUGUGGCGCAUAUCUGAAGAUCUCUCACAAAACAGUGCAGACUUUUCUGGAGAUUCUCUACUGCACGCCAGUCUUUCACGUUUGGCGGCGUCAUGACUUGCCAUCAGUAAUUUGAGUUUCAUUUUAGGCAAACUCUUCGCGUGAAAAUGUUGAGAGUAGUUUUUUUCCCUCUUCUGAUAUUUUUCCGGUAGAUUUAUUUUAAAAAGCAAGGAUUCAAAAGUACCACCUGGUCUAUUUGUUUUGGAGAGGAAGAGACCUCUAGAUAAUUCAGCCCCUGGUAAAAACCUCCUGAACAACAAACAUUGCGGAUUACUACCCAGGAGUUAAUGCCUGGCACAGAGACGUUUCAGCUAGUUGCAGGCUGCAGUCCUCACCAAUAGAUGUCACUAAAGCCUACACGCUGCUCCUUAAACACAAGGCAGUGACACUAUAGUUAGUCAUCAUUUAGCAACUGUCAGUGAAAUCAUUUCAACAUGAUAUAAUCAUAUUGGGUUAUUGUUAUUGCCACAUUCUGCUUCGUUCAUCCCAAACACACUAACAUACAAAAAUAGUGAUUUAAAUUUUUCGAUUGAUGUGUGUGAAGAGUUUUGACAGUUUUAGUAUUUAAUGUGUGAUUUUGCCUACAUUUGCUAUAAUGUCAUAUUAAUUACCAGAAAAAAUAUUCAUCUCAAUAUUGUGGUGUUGAUUCCGACCACACUGAACACAGAUGUGUAUAAAGACAGGUAGAGUGUCAUGCAUAGAUAAUAUUAUAUUACAAUUUAGCCUGCUCCAUGACUGGAUUUGUUUGAUGCCUUGAAGCUUACCGCACUUCCAGGUUUCAUCCUCAUGCUCAGACUUGAUAUCUGUGUUUUUAUUAUUAUGAUAUAUCUUUUUUUUUUUUU